AUGCCUCUCACACUGUACGACAAAAUCUACCAAGAACAUUUGGUAAAUCCUGACGACAAAACAGCACCACUAUUAUAUGUGGAUUCGCAUCUGAUUUUCGAGGUCCCAACCGCUCAAGCAUUCGAUGGCCUUAGGAAGAACAAACGCCCCGUGCGAAGGACAGACUUGACGCUGGCUACAGUUGAUCACAAUGUUCCAACGGAUGACCGGUCCCAAUACCGGGAUGCGGCGUCUUUCGUCAAGGAGCCACAAGCCAGAACCCAGAUCACAUUGCUUGAGAAGAACGUCAAAGAGAACAAUAUCAAGUACUUAGGCAUGCCCGAUCGCCGGCAAGGUAUUGUCCAUGUUGUGGGCCCGGAGCAAGGGCUAACGCUCCCUGGAUCUACAAUGUUCUGUGGCGAUUCCCAUACGCCUACCCAUGGAGCAGUGGGCGCCCUGGCUGUGAGUGGAGGAACUUCAGAUAUUGAACACGUGCUAGCCACCCAGACUGUGCUUCAGAAGAAGUACAGGAACUUCCGCGUUCGUGUCGAAGGCGAACUUGGUCUGGGUGUCUACUCCAAGGACAUCAUCUUGUAUUUGCUGGGCAAGAUUGGCACAGCGGGAGCGACCGGAUGCGUCAUUGAAUUUUGCGGGUCGACCAUUCGAAACCUGUCCAUGGAGGCACGAAUGGUGCUGUGCAAUAUGAGCAUUGAAGGAGGUGCUCGAAGUGGACUCGUGGCCCCCGAUGAGGUCACAUUCGAAUAUCUAAAAGGGCGACCGCUUGUCCCUUCGGGGGCCGACUGGGAUAAGGCUCUUGCAUACUGGAAAACAUUGUAUAGCGACGAGGACGCUCAAUGGGACUAUACUGUCGACAUAAAUGCUGCAGACAUAGGUCCGUCAAUCACCUGGGGUACCUCGCCAGACGACGUCAUCCCAGUUAAUGGCAAGAUCCCGGAUCCAGCAGAGUAUGACGAGAAAGAACCGUUCAAAGCCGCCGCAAUCCGCCGCUCACUCAAAUAUAUGGACCUGAGUCCGAACAUGCUUGCCACUGAUAUUAAGAUCGACCGUGUGUUCAUCGGAUCUUGUACGAACUCGAGAAUUGAAGACCUUAGAGCUGCCGCAAGAGUAGCAAGAGGUAGAAAGGUCGCAGAUUCGGUUUAUGCGAUGGUCGUUCCAGGCUCGGGGCUGGUAAAGCAGCAAGCAGAAAAUGAAGGCCUGGAUGUUAUUCUGAAAGCCGCCGGCUUUGACUGGCGGGAAGCUGGCUGUUCCAUGUGUCUGGCCAUGAAUCCUGACGUCCUUGCUCCGGGAGAGCGAUGCGCCUCAACGACAAACAGGAAUUUCGAAGGAAGGCAAGGACCUGGCGGCAGAACCCACCUCCUAUCCCCAGCCAUGGCAGCGGCGGCCGCCAUCAAAGGUCACUUUACUGACGUAAGGGAGUUCUUGACCUCGCAAAAUGGAUCACUCGGGGUAACACAACUGACGCUCAACGGAGACAAGGUCAGGAGCUAUGGUCCAAUUGAGGUAACUCCCGCCGUCCCCGCCUCUGCAAUUGAUGGCGGAGAUGAUGCAAUUGCAAAACGACCAUCGGCAGAAGCCAAGCACAGUGUGGAAGGGAUCCCCAAGUUUGACGUGGUGCGUUCUGUGCCCGCACCAUUUGACAUGCAAAAUAUCAACACCGACCUUGUGAUCCCUGGAGAGUAUCUCAAAACCACGAAAAGGACUGGUCUAGGGCCACAUCUGUUUCAGGAAUUGCGAUAUGACAGCACAACGCACGAAGAAGUUCCCGAAUUUGUCCUGAAUCAAGACCCUUACCGGAAGUCUAAGAUUCUGGUAUGCACCGGGGAGAACUUCGGCUGCGGUUCCUCGAGGGAGCAUGCUGUAUGGGCACUGGUCGACUUCGGCUUCCGAUGCGUUAUUGCUCCUUCUUUCGCAUCCAUAUUCUUCAACAAUUCCGGAAAGAACGGGUUGCUAGCAAUUCCCCUUGAAGACGUCGAGGCUUUGCAGAAAAUCCAUGCUGAAGGCCUCGUAAAACGUGAAGUCGAAGUGGAUUUGCCCAAGCAGGAGAUCAGAGAUGCCGAUGGCAAGCUGAUUGCAACAUUCAAGAUGGAUCCAUACACCAAGCACUGCUUGGUCAACGGUCUGGAUGACAUCAGUAACACGCUUUUGAGCGAAGAAAAGAUCUAUGACUUUGAAGUCAAGCAAAAGUCGAAGUUUCCAUGGUUGUUUGGUCGCAUUCGGAAACUGCAAUCUCCGAAGCGUCUCGGUCUUUAUCUUCCUGGUGCACAAGACAUCUUUGACUGGUAG